AUGUUUUUAGGGAGGGAUCAGCCCCCCCCCCGGGCGGCGGCUGAUAUUACUGUGACCAAUACCAAGGAACCAGUGAGCAGACCAGAUCCUGAUAAACUCGUGUUCGGGCAUCAUUUUUCUGAUCAUAUGUUAACAAUCAAACAUACGACAACAAAAGGUUGGGAUAAACCGGUGAUUGAACCCAUCCGUGACUUAUCUAUACAUCCAGCUGCUAAAGUGUUACAUUAUGCAACUGAAAUAUUCGAAGGAAUGAAAGCAUAUCGUGGAAUCGAUGACAAAAUACGUUUAUUUCGUCCAGAUUUAAAUAUGAAACGAAUGUUAUCGUCAGCUGAACGAAGUGUAUUACCUGUAAGUUGAUGUGUCCCAUGAAAAGAUAGAAUUUUGAAAAAGA